AUGCAUGCCGGGGUUGAGCGAGAUAUGGAGCAGCAGCGAAUCAAACGAGAACGACAGGCUGAUUUCGAGAUGCAGAGACGCCUUGAGGAGGAGUAUAAGAAGAUUCAAAGCGUCUCAGACAGUGUUCCGCCGCUUAAUAUAACCGGAAAUAAGGGCGCAAACCAGCAGACAUAG